AUGGCGUCGGCCCCAUUGAAGAGCCUCACGUCGAGUGCGAACGCUAUGCCAAACCAGGAAACACAUGGUGUCAUGCUAUUCAAAACAGAACACGGCGGCGAUAACGUAUUGCGUCAGCUACCCGUUGGAGCCUGGCAGCUCCACAUCGCUGGUUAUCUACAAUGCCGUGAGAAGAUACGUGGAAAAGGACGUGUAGUAUUCGUGUGGCGAGUGCAGUUCGACGGCUUGUAUUCGGACGAGCACGCGUGGCUGGUGGUCCGACCGUCCGAGUCGCCCAACGGACCUGCAACGAUGUUGCAGAGCUUUACACAGCUCAAGCUCACGAACCUGGAUGGAAAACAGGAUAUCAACGGCUCGCGUAGCAAUCUUUUCAUGAGGCUUGUGAAGAUGUCGGACGAGGAGGAUCUCGCAAUGCAGCUACUGCUAAUAAGCGAACCCCAGUCAGGCUCUCCGUCCAACUUGGACGUGAUGGAACUUACACGAACGAACAUAAACCCAGCGAAGAACAAGUCGAAGAUGGAGGAGCGGCAGCAAAUGGACGCUACGCUGGCGGCGGUAACACAGUUCCUGAGCGAGUACGAGCCGCCAGUAAUCGCGAACGCUGCUCCACAACCACCGCUUCCUGCCGUAGACGAGUUGCUGCUCGCGAGCCAGGUGCUGGUAUCGCAGACAGAGCUGUCCCUGGCUCAGAGCUCCGUUACGGAAUCCGUGGACACAGCUACCGGCUCGGCCGAGACGGCGUCGGACAGCGAUCGGAACCUGGCGCGACUGACGACAGCCGAGCGCCGACGCAAGAUCACCAACGCGCAGGCGGCCAAGCGGCGGGUCAAGUAUCUCAAGCGUGUCAAGGACAAACGCGAGACGUUAAAGCGUCAGGCACGAGAUCUGACCGAGGAUCUCCAGGGGAUGAAGGAUGCCCAAGAGAAGGCCAGAAAAGAGGUCGAGAAGGCCGACGCCCUGGCCACAAGCGUAUGGAGGGCCACGUGUAUCCGCCAAAAGGAGCGCCGGAUGGAGUCCGAGGAGCAGCAGCGACGUCUCAAGGCUGCGGUGAUCAGUCGAGAUCAACUUAUCCACCAGAUGCACUCGCUGCUGCAGCAUCGUCUCGCGAGCAGCCAGCUCGAGGGUCUCAUGUUGCUGGAAGGCAAGGAGAAGAAGGGAACGGCGCUCUUCAAGACGUUCGUACACGAACUGGACACCAUCCACGCGCAGACGGACGAAGUGAUCUAAAACUCGGACGUCAAAUUCUCGUCCUCGCUUAUGUAUAAGCGGACGUGGAAAUGGAACCAGGGAAUGACAUUCCUGGAGAGCGCGGACGCGACCGUCAUUUCCUUCGGCUUUGAGCAAUCGAAGCACGCGG